GUUAGUCCGACCAACAUGCAACAUCUCUGCUGAUGACAGUGAAGAACACUGAGAAAUAGUGCAGUAGUGUACAAGAAGCUGACAGUUAAAGACCUUGAGCUGGGAAUACUGCGUUGUUUUCUCUGGACAUGUGGGCUGCUACAGCAGGUUCAUGUGAGACAGAUAGAGAGUAGAAGAGAUGGAGGCAAGAGGAGCAAAGGGCAGAUGGGAUGAGAGAGAGGGUACAAGAGAAAUCAGGAUGUUCAACUGGGUGGUGAAAGUGGUUCCACAGCCGCCAGAGUCUCUGGGUGAAGAGCAGGACAAGAAAGAUGCCAAGAAAACCCCCCUGCAACCCAAAGAUGAGGACCAAAACUCACUUGAUAGCAAUGCCCAAAAUGGGGUGCUGACCUGGCUGUCCAAUGGCUUCGUCAGCGCUCUGCCCCAACCUGCCGGGGUGACCUCUGAUGCCAAGUCAAUUGCUCCAGAGGAUGAUUCAAGACAAGGUGGGGUGAUUGGCUGGAUCUCCCAGGGACUGGGGAAAGUCGUGCCACAGCCAGAUGACAAGUACAAGGAGGACAACCUAACUGAAGAUGUGACAGAGAUCUAUGAGGCAAAGGACCUUCCAGAUGCUGAGCCACUGCCACACAUACCAGUUGUGGAGCUUUUUUCUGAUGAUGAAUCUGAAGUUGACAGCAUCCCAAUUCAGUUCCCUCCCAAAGUGAUUGACUGGUUAAAGAACAGUGUUGAGAAUGCCAUCCCUCAGCAUCGGCCUGGCUUCUCGGAGCCUUCCUCAAGAAGGACAACACCCUGUUCUGAAAAAGGUACAGCGGCAGACUCACACCUGCUGGCUUACAGGCUAUUCUCCACUCCACAAGGCCUUGGCUUUAUUUGGGGAGUUUACUCACCGCCUCCAGAGUCCAUCACCAGUGCGAAUGAUGAGGAAUCCAAAAACAAUGUGGUCAGCUGGAUCAUGCAGGGCCUGGGCCGUAUAGUGCCACAGCCAGCGCUGAAAGGCAAGGAGGAGAACGGAGAGAAUGGUGACAUUCUGGUGCAAAAUGCUUGGAGCCGUCCAGAACCUGAAGUAGCUCCAAAGGCUCAACCUCAGAAGGAGACCCUCCAGCCUGCCCCCAGAGUACCCUCAACUCACUCAGUAAGAGUAGCGCACUCUGCCCACGCUGAAGCAGGAUGCCAGUCUACGCAGCUGGGACAGUCCAGCAUCCUGGAGGUGUCUGAGCCUGUGCAGAUGGAGGAUGCCGAGACGCAGACAGGGAGAUGGACGCCCUUCGUAGAGAACAUCAAGAGGGAGGCCGAGCACGCAGCCAUCAUGUCGAUGGAGGAACGCCUGCGUUUGGAGCGUCUGGAGACCACACGGCUGGCCGAGGAGGUUGCUCGUCACGCCGCUGAGAUGACCAUCAGGCAACUAGCAGAGGAGAAAGAGAUGAGACUGGCUAUGCCAACACAGCCCCAACUGGAGGAAGAACUGGAGCCAGAGUUACAGGUGCUGCACCAGGAGGAGAGUGAGGUGCAGUUCACAGAAAAUGUUAUCACAGAGUGCCAGGAAGUGUGCUACGUUGAAGAAUUUCAACAAAUAGAGGAGGAGCUAGAGGAAGUGAUAGAACCCCCACCUGAACCAAAGCAGUCCGUAGAGCAGGCCGAGGAUGUUCCAUCACGUAGUGGCCAGGCCUCCCCUCAGCAGGAGGAGCUAGAGCCAGAGGAGCAACCAGAGGAGGAGGAGCCUUCAGCUCAGACACAGGAAGUCCCCUCACCUGUCAAAGUCGCGUCUCCUGUCCGAUCCCCAUCGCCUGAGCAGGAGCCUGACCCAGAGCAGGAGAAGAACGCUGAGCAGGCAGCACCAGAGUCCGGUCCAGUAACAGAGCAGCCACAGGCAGCACCAGAGUCCGGUCCAGUAACAGAGCAGCCACAGGCAGCAGCGGCCACCUCCUCUCCUCAGACCAUCACUCAGGAGGACGCACCUGUGGGGGAGGAGGAAGCUGGUGUGUCCGUGUUCUGUGACACACUGAGGAGCUUUCUGGUGCACGUCCCUUAUGGAGCGCAGUGUCUCAGCAGAGUGGAGCAGCUGAUGCAGGAGAACAACAUCACUCCUCCGACGCUGCCCCACAUCCCCUGCUCUGUGGCGGAGCUGCAGCAACAGCUGACCAAGCAGUGUCCUGGCGCCCAGCAGCUCUCGCAGGAGCUCUCCGAGCUGCCCCACAAUCUGUCCCAUCAGGUCUCCCAGCUCCAGCAGCUGCCCCAGCAGUGCUCCCAGCAGGUCUCUCAGGCCACUCAACGGGUCACUCAACGGGUCACUCAGCUGACCCAACGGGUCUCCAACCUGCCUCAGCAGAUAUCUACUUUACCACAGCAGAUUCCCACUCUGCCGCCACAGCUGACCAACAUAUCCCAGCAACUCUCCAGCCUGACCCAGACGCUGUCCAGUCUGCCGGCACAGGCCUCCUCCUUGUCACAGCCCUUAAGCCCCAGUAGGAUGCCUAAACAACAGCAGCAGCAGACGCGAGAUGUGGAGCUGGACAGGCUUGUCCGCCAGUCCCCCCUCCACCACCCACGCACCCCCUCCCCCUCGUCCCCCAGUAGUGCCCUUGAGUUGCCCAACAUCCCCUCCUACCAUCGGCUACCCCCUAUUGCCCUCCCUAGGCAGCUAUCCGGAGUGUCCAACCCUGCCUUCCAUAUUGAGGAUGACCUUACCUCAGCACACCACUCAGAGAGUUCUAGGCUUAGUUUGCACCCUGCUGUCAAUGUUGAAGAUGUAGAUUCAGAAGGAGUGCUGGCCAACCGAUCUCACAGCAUGCCCCGAGUGGUCAACCACCAGGGCCCAAACCUGAAAACUCUUACAGUGCCUGGACCCUCCAAAACUAACCGGUGGUGCACUGUGUUGGGCAGAGAGAGGAAGCAGCACAAUAUCUGGAAUAAAAUAAAAAAGCUCUACUCUCAAGACAAUGAGGAUGAAGACAAGAGAGAGACAGCUGUCCAUGCAUGGCCCAGUCAGAGCAGCCUGCUCAGUGUGGACGAAGGGUUAAAAGAGCGACCAGCCUCCUCUGCCAGCCAGACCAGCACUGUGGUUAAUGAGCGCUUGCAGGAGCUGGUGAAGCUGUUCAAAGAGAGAACCGAGCGUGCUAAGGAGAAGCUCAUUGACCCGGAUGACUCGGAUGAAGAUACACCUCCUGCGUCCCCUGCCAAAGCUGCUGCUGCGGCUCCUCCAGAGAAGAAGGACGAGGCACCUCCACCCCCACCACCACAGGAGGAGCAGGAGGAGCAGGAGACCGCUCAGCCUUGCUGCAAAGGGAGGCUGGCAUCUUGCUGCACAAGACUGCUGCAGUACCGAUUCCCAAUCAGCAUCGACCCCUUCACGAAUCUGGUAUAUGUCCUGUGGCUGCUCUUUGUGACUUUGGCGUGGAACUGGAAUAUGUGGCUGAUCCCGGUCCGCUGGGCUUUCCCCUAUCAGACGCCAGAUAACAUCUACCUGUGGUUGGUAACAGACUACCUGUGUGACACCAUCUACAUCCUGGACAUCUUAGUCUUUCAACCCCGGCUACAGUUUAUACGUGGCGGAGACAUAGUGUGUGAUAAAACAGAGAUGCGGAAGAACUACAUGAAAACCUAUCGGUUCAAGAUGGAUGUCAUUAGCCUCCUGCCCCUUGAGUUAUUCUACUUCAAAACUGGUAUCAAUCCUCUGUUACGUUUCCCCCGACUACUGAAGAUCAUGUCUUUCUUUGAGUUCAACGAACGUCUAGAGGCUAUCUUGACCAAACCUUACUUUUACAGAGUCAUCCGCACCACUACAUAUUUGCUGUACUCGUUGCACUGCAACGCCUGCCUGUUCUACUGGGGCUCUGCUUACGAGGGCCUCGGCUCCACCCAGUGGGUGUAUGAUGGGAAGGGAAACAGCUACAUUCGCUGCUACUACUUUGCAGUGAAGACUCUGAUCACUAUUGGUGGACUGCCAGACCCCACAAAUCUUUUUGAGAUUGUGUUUCAGCUCAUCAAUUACUUUGUUGGGGUUUUUGUGUUCUCCAUCAUGAUUGGGCAGAUGAGGGAUGUGGUGGGGGCAGCGACAGCAGGGAAAACCUACUACAGAUCCUGCAUGGACAACACAGUGAAAUACAUGGGUGCGUACCGUAUACCCAAAGAGGUCCAGAACCGUGUAAAGACCUGGUAUGAGUACACGUGGCAGUCUCAAGGAAUGCUCGAUGAACAAGAGCUACUCGUCCAGUUACCUGACAAGAUGAGACUGGACAUCGCUGUGGAUGUCAACUAUUCCAUUGUCAGUAAAGUUGCUCUUUUCCAGGGUUGUGACCGCCAGAUGAUCUUUGACAUGCUGAAGAGCCUCAGAUCUGUUGUCUACUUGCCAGGGGACUAUGUGUGUAAAAAGGGAGAAGUGGGUCGAGAGAUGUACAUCAUCAAAGCUGGGGAGGUGCAGGUUGUUGGUGGUCCAGAUGGGAAGACAGUCUUUGUCACUCUGAAAGCAGGCUCUGUGUUUGGGGAGAUCAGUUUACUGGCAAUAGGUGGAGGGAACCGGCGUACAGCUAAUGUCGUUGCUCAUGGUUUCGCUAAUCUCUUCAUUUUGGACAAAAAGGACCUUAAUGAGAUUCUGGUGCAUUACCCUGAAUCUCAGAAGUUGCUUCGUAGAAAAGCCAAGAAGAUGCUGGCCAAAGACAAAAAGCCUGAUGCAAAGAAGGAAGAAAUAAAAGAGAGAGCCCAGGUCAUCCCUCCGCGAGCUGAAACGCCCAAACUGUUGAAAGCUGCUCUUGAGAUGACUGAGAAAUCAGGCCUCAAAGGUGCACUUUCCAAACUGAAAGAGAAGGCAUAUAAGUCCAACGUAUCACUUCAGCCAUCGCUGGCAUCGACUCUCCUGACCCCCUCCCCCACCCCAGGGCAGCCUCCGGAACAAGAGCCUGAUAUCCUGUCUCAAAACUCAGACAGCUCCACAGCCAGUCGCAGGACAGGGACAUGUGAAAGAGAGAGUGCUAUCUCUUCCCAAGAGAGAGAGGGUGUGCAAGAGGACAAAGAGAACAAAGGGAAGGAGGAAGAAGGAUGAGAUAAUUGGACUUGCCAGGAAAUCAUCCCUCCUUUGAUCCAAAGACAUAAUCCUCUCCUCUCUCCUCCACAGAAUGGUGACGUCAACGUACAAGUUUCUAAGGACAACACUGUCUUGUACUUUUGUCUGAGUAAUGGCCUCCUUCAUAAAACAGAGAUAUGGCUUCAUGUCGUUGGGUCUCAAGAUAUUCCCUGAAAUGAUAAUGAUUACCUGUAGUGCAAUGUUUACAGUACUGAACUGAAAAUAUUUCUAUCAAACAGAAUAAUCCAAGGCAGAGAUGUUGUUGUGUGUUAAGCUACAUGGCCCUGCCAUCUCCACAUUCCUUAUUGUGUCUGCUCUUGCUGUUGAACAAAUGCCUUAACUUGAACCAUAUAUAUCUAGACUGUCAUCGUAGUAAGCUGCUUCUUUGCUCUCCACUCCCCCACUCUUUUCAAUUCUCCCCUUCCUUUUCACCAUUACAGAGGCACACGCACACCAUUCUAUUUAUUGUGGUGUGUUAGCUGUGAGGGAGAAUGCUUAAGAAGUUUUAGACACUUUAAUGCAGUUGUGUAGUUAGAUAGUGAGAAACGUGGCAAGGAGUGACAGUGUAAAUAAAACACAAUAUGCUUCUCCCACACAACCAGAUGUUGAUGCAAAUGUUAUGUAGAAUGAUGAACCCUGAAGGGUGUUACAGAAUGCAAUACGAUACCUCAGUCAAUUGCCUUUUUAUUUAUGGAGGUUUUGUAGUCUUUGGUUUUGUUUUUGCCAUUUUUCCUAGGAACUGAUUUUAAUAAAUAACUAAAAUCUCAUUCUUUUUUUAACUUAUGGACAUUGUUUUCUCUUACAUUAGGCCAUGUGCUUGGUGUACAUCACUUCCAGUACAGAUUUUAUACUAGGCUUACACGUUUACAAAUGUAUCAAAUAGGCCUAUGUAUAAAGAGAGACAUUUUACUCUCUUGGUUUAUGUUAUUUUAGGAUGAGCAAAUGGUUUAAUAAUAAACCAAACAGGUGGGUGAUGUGCCCAGGUGGGUGAUGUGCCCAUGUGAUGUAUAGUUGGCUGCUGAAUGUUUUUGUUUGUUUGUUUGUUUAUUUAUUCCUCCUUAUGUAGGUUUAUUUGGUUUCUUUGGUGUAUUUUUGGCCAUGUUCCUGGAUCUCACCAUAGGCCUGAGUCAUUUCACUAAUUUCCUAUGUAAAACAAGUUAUGAAGGCCAUUUAAGCCUAUAGCCUAUAGAUGGAGGAUGUCUCAACAGCAAAUCACAAGGCAACAAUUCCUAAAGCCUGAGUUGAAAAAGUAUGAUUGUUUAUCGUUAAAUUGUUGAAUUUCCUUUAAUAAACAUCAUCUGAUAA